UCAACUCGGCGCCGGCGCGGCCGUGACGCGCAGGCCGAGCCGGGACAGGGGCGGAGGCGGCGGCUGCGGCGGGCCGGGCCCCGGGAUGGCGAUGUUCCGCAGCCUGGUGGGCUCGGCUCAGCAGCGACAGCCGCCGGGCGGGCCCGCUGGCGGCGACAGCGCCCUGGAGGCGCAGUACAGCUGCCCCAUCUGCCUGGAAGUCUACCACCGGCCCGUGGCCAUCGGCAGCUGCGGCCACACGUUUUGUGGGGAGUGCCUCCAGCCCUGCCUGCAGGUGCCGUCCCCGCUGUGCCCGCUGUGCCGCCUGCCCUUUGACCCCAAGAAGGUGGACAAGGCUGCUCACGUGGAGAAGCAGCUCGCGUCCUACAAGGCACCCUGCCGAGGCUGCAGUAAGAAGGUGACGCUGGCCAAGAUGAGAGUGCACGUGUCCUCCUGCGUGAAGGUCCAGGAGCAGAUGGCCAACUGUCCCAAGUUCGUCCCCGUGGUGCCCACGUCCCAGCCCAUCCCCAGCGCCGUCCCCAAUAGGUCCACCUUCGCUUGCCCUUACUGUGGCGCCCGCAACCUGGACCAGCAGGAGCUGGUGAAGCACUGCGUGGACAACCACCGCAGCGACCCCAACCGCGUGGUAAGCUGCCUGCGCCCGGGACCCUGCUCUCCACACGCAUGGCCUCCCAGGCCCCGUGGGCUCACCCCCACCCCCGGCUCUGUCCCAGGACUACAGCAUCGACGAGGAGGCCGCCUUCCAGGCCGCCCUGGCCCUGUCUCUCUCCGAGAACUGACGGUGCCACCACCGGCUGAGCCUUCCCACCUCCAAGGACAGAGCCCGCCAGCUCCUGCGCCCAGACCCGCCUGGGAAGGCGCCUCGAGGGCCGGGCAGAACCGCAUUGCUGCCAGAGGAGAGGCCACGUCCCCACCACCUGCGCUCCUACUGAGCGCCGCUGGCUCCUCGGUGCUCGGGCUGAGCACGUGGCCUCGUGGGGUGGCGAGUGCGGCCCCUGUCCGUGUCUCAAAGCCAUGCUGUCCUCCCUGCCGAGAGGACCCUUCAGGCCCCGCCACCCAGCAGGGACACGCAGGGGCCCAGCCCAGCACCUGGCAACGCUUCCCCCUCGCGCGCUCGGUACUGGCUUUUGUGAUACCUAGAGGUUCUGCACUUUUCUAUAUUAUCCGGUGUGAUGACCUUUUCAUGUUUUCUAGAGCAAAGACAGAGCAGUUACCCUUCAUAUUGCAAUAUCUGUGUUUGACUAGGAACAAUAGUAUUUUUAUGGAACAUUUACAAAAUUAUAUUUUUUAAAAAAAACAAUAAAAAAUGAACGGUUGUGGGAUAGGUGGGGGAAGGAAGGGAGAGACAGGACAACGGCUGUGCAUGGGGACCAAGGUGACCACCUGCCCAGGUCACCUCGCCGUUGCCCAGGGGCCCUGUGAUAACAGCCAGAAGAAAUUCCAAUGUCUGGCCACUUGCGGAGGCAGCCGGGCCUGCUCCUGGCCUCCCGCCUGGGUCCUGGCCUCAGCCCCGCAGUCACUGUUCUGAAGCUGACAGCCUCCCGGCCCAGGCAGGGCCACCCCCAAGGGUGGCAGAACGCGGGGCCGGGGCAGUGGCUGGUCAGGCCGGAAAAUGCUCACUGGCACCUUUGUUUGGUUCCUGGCGUAAAUUAUUGCUGUCUUAAAAAAAAAAAAAAAAAAUUUAAAUAAAACGUUUCAAAGCAUCUCAA